CUUCCCCCUGGAAGGAGGGGCAGGUGCCCUUUCAAAGGGCUGCCCAGCUUUCAGGGGCAUUCCUUGGAGAGAAAUCACAACAGUUAUGUGGCUGUACUGGGUUCUGUUCGCCCUCCUGCUUCUCGCAGUGCUCAGGAGGCUCCUCAGGGGCAGUAGCUCCCCCAACCCUUUCUCUGCUGACUGCAGGAGGCCACCUGCCCCCCUGGUGACUGACAAGGAUGUUCGGAAAAAGGUUAUCAAACAAGCUUUCUCGGCUGCCAAGGUCCCCGAGAAUCUGGAUGCUGUUGUGAUCGGAAGUGGCAUCGGGGGGCUGGCCGCAGCCGUGCUCCUCUCCAAAGCUGGGAAGCGAGUGCUAGUGCUGGAGCAGCAUGGGAAGGCAGGCGGCUGCUGCCACACCUUCAGCGAGAAGGGCUUUGAGUUUGAUGUAGGUAUUCAUUACAUAGGGCAGAUAGGGGAGAAGUCCCUGAUGCGUUUCCUUGUGGACCAGCUCACGGAAGGGCAGUUGCAGUGGUCCAAGAUGCCGUCUGUCUUUGAUGCAGUAGUUCUGGGGGAGCCUGGAAACAGCAAAAUGUAUCGCUUGUACAGCGGGAAGAAGGAGUAUGUCGAAGGGCUAAAGAAACAGUUUCCAGAUGAAGCUGUGGCUAUUGAGAAAUUUGUGAGACUUGUAAAGAGAGUUGCCCAAGGAACUACGUACAUGACUAUUCUGAAAAUGGUACCUGUGCCCCUGGUCAAGAUCCUGAGCCGCGCCGGCCUGCUGGCGUGGCUCUCCCCUUUCUUUACCAUGACGUCCCGAAUCUUGACAGACGUGGUCAGUGAACUCACCACAAACGAAGAGCUCAGAGCGGUAUUUUGCUAUAUCUUUCCCACUUACGGAGUGGUUCCAGCCAGCGCCAGUUUCUCCCUACAUGCGAUUCUUGUGAAUCACUAUAUGGAAGGGGCAUGGUAUCCCCGAGGUGGCCCCAGUGAAAUCGCCUUCCACACCAUCCCGGUGAUCGAGAAGGCUGGCGGGGCUGUUCUAACCAAGGCGGUGGUGCAGAGCAUUUUGGUGAAUGCAGAAGGCAAAGCCUGUGGUGUUAGCGUGCAGAAAGGCCAAGAUCUCAUGAAUGUCUUUGCUCCUAUUGUGAUUUCUGACGCUGGAAUAUUUAACACCUAUGAGCGGCUAUUGCCAGCAGAGAUACGAACUUCACCUGAUAUUCAGGCUCAGCUUCGCAUGGUGGAUCACGGCAUAUCAGGGUUCAGUGUCUUCAUCGGACUCAAAGGCUCAAAGGAAGAGUUGGGACUGGAAGGCACAAACUACUUCAUCUACUCGCAUCAGAACCUGGAUGAAGCCAUGAAUUGCUUCCUUACUGCCUCAAGAGAAGAAGCUGCAGAGAACAUUCCUAUGCUCUUUGUUACAUCUCCGUCAUCCAAGGACCCCACCUGGCAGGAGAGAUACCCAGGCAAGUCAACUCUGUGCAUCUUGGCGUUUGCAAAGUACGAAUGGUUUGAGGAAUGGAAAGAUGAGACGGUCCAGAAGAGGGGAGCAGUAUACGAGAGCCUGAAAAACACCAUUGUAGAGUCCAUUCUGAAGACUGUUUUGAAACUCUACCCUAACAUAGAGGAUAAGAUCGAGUGCAUAUCAUCCGGGUCUCCACUCACCAACCAGCACUACAUAGCUUCCCCCAAAGGAGAGCUGUAUGGAGCUGCCCAUAGCAUCUCUCGCCUGCAGGCUGAAGCUACUGCCAUGUUACGCCCUCAGACCUGUGUGCCAAACCUCUACCUGACAGGGCAGGACGUAUGUUUGUGUGGCUUCAUGGGAGCGCUGCAAGGAGCCGUCCUGUGUGCCAGCGCUGUCCUGCAGCGCAACCUCUACAGGGACAUGCUGCGUCUGCGACGAAACAGCCCAGCUAACAACUCCAAGAAGAAAGACUGAGCUCCAGGGACCCAGCCAGCCAGCGCCUCUCUGCCUCGUUCUCCUUCCCCCAUGGCUAUGCCCUAACUCAGGCCCAGACCUUGGGUGUCUGGUCACUUGUAACACACCGUAACUUGUAGGACUUUUGUUUUUAAAUAAAAAUUAACCAAAAAAACCCACCGU